GCUGUCCUCGCGCACUCGGCUGGUGCUGGGCAACGGAGAGUGAGUAAGAAGCUCCGGCUGUGGAAGGUCUGGAAACCUGGAAAAAGGGACUAUGGCUGCCAACAUGGGGUCCAUGCGUAUCCUUAUCAAGGGAGGGAAGGUGGUGAACGAUGAUUUCACCCAGGAAGCAGAUGUCUACAUUGAGAAUGGCAUCAUUCAGCAGGUUGGAAAAGAACUGAUGAUACCAGGCGGGGCCAAGGUGAUCGAUGCCUCUGGAAAGCUGGUGCUGCCGGGCGGAAUAGACACCAGCGUGCAUCUGCAGGAAAGUUUCAUGAACGCCAGCAUCCAGGAUGACUUCUACAGUGGGACCAAGGCGGCUCUGAUGGGUGGUACCACCAUGGUGAUGGCUCUGGCCCUGCCUGAACAACACUGCUCCCUGCUGGACGCCUAUGAGAACUGCCGAGCCCUGGCCGAUGCCAAGGCGUGCUGUGACUACGCUCUGCAUGUCGGCGUGACCUGGUGGGGACCAAAGGUGCGUAAUGAGAUGGAGACCCUGGUGAGGGAGCAUGGGGUAAACUCCUUCCAGAUGUUCAUGGCCUACAAAGACAUGAUGAUGCUGAGGGACUCGGAGCUCUACCAGACGCUGCAGACCUGUAAGGACAUCGGGGCCAUCGCACGUGUCCACGCUGAGAACGGCGAGCUGGUGGCAGAGGGUGCCAAAGAGGCUCUGGAUUUGGGCAUCAGUGGACCAGAAGGUAUUGAGAUCAGUCGACCAGAGGAGCUGGAGUCUGAGGCUACUCACAGAGCUGUAACCAUUGCCAACAGGGCCCGCUGCCCGAUCUACCUGGUGAAUGUAUCCAGUAUGUCUGCUGGAGACAUGAUUGCUGCUGCCAAGAUGCAAGGUAAGGUGGUCCAUGCAGAGACCACAGUAGCUCACGCGGUGCUGAAUGGGAUGCAGUAUUACCACCAGGACUGGACUCACGCUGCCGCCCACGUCAUCAUCCCUCCUCUCCGCCUGGACCCCAACACACCCAGCUACCUCAUGGGCCUGCUGGGCAGUGACACUCUGAGCGUUGUGGCGUCAGAGCACCGUCCAUUUAGCACCAAGCAGAGAGCUUUGGGCAAAGAGGACUUCACCAAGAUCCCUCAUGGAGUGGCUGGAGUCCAGGACAGGAUGAGUGUCAUUUGGGAGAGGGGAGUGGUUACAGGAAAGAUGGAUGAGAAUCGUUUUGUGGCAGUGACAAGCUCUAAUGCUGCAAAGAUCUACAACCUGUACCCACGCAAGGGCCGUAUCAUCCCCGGGGCCGAUGCUGAUGUGGUGGUCUGGGAUCCAGAUGCAACAAGGACGAUCUCCGUGAGCACGCAGGUGCAGGGUGGAGACUUCAACCUGUACGAGGGGAUGCGCUGCCACGGCGUUCCUUUGGUCACCAUCAGCCGAGGACGUCUGGUGUGUGAGAACGGUGUGUUCAUGUGCGCUGAGGGAUCCGGAAAGUUCUACCCACAGCGCACUUUCCCUGACUUCCUCUAUAAGAAGAUGGUGCAGAGAGAAAAGACUCAGGCUUAUAAAGGAGUUGUCAGGGAUCCAUACUCUGGUGAUGUGGCCAAGGUGGCAAACACUUUGAAGAAGGAGCUCGGUUUGGGCCCAAUAGAUGGAGAGACACCCAACAAAGGCUGUGCUAGUCGGGUGCACCAGGGGGUCAGAGACCUCCAUGAGUCGUCCUUUAGCCUCUCAGGGUCUCAGGUCGAUGACCACAUCCCGAAGAGGUCCUCGGCUCGGAUCCUGGCCCCUCCCGGCGGCCGCUCCAGUGGUAUCUGGUAAUCACUGGUGAUGAGCUUCAACCAUCCGAGCCUCCGUGUUUUGUAUAUUUCUGAAUAACCAGGAAAACUGCACUGAUUUAAAAUCACAGGAUUAAAGUUAAGAGGGGGAAAUAAAUUGAAGCAUGUGUCUGUGUCCAGUGACGACCUGAUGAUCAGUGAUUUGCCAAAGUGACUUUUACAAAUCUAAUUUGUGUCUUAAUUGGAGUGACUGACCUGAUUAAUUACAUGAGAGUGAAGGGCUAUCUAUGAAUUUAAAUAUUUUUCCAAAUUCAAGCUGAUCAUACUAACAUUGAUAAAGUCUGCUCAUGAGCACCUUGCUCAUAUCCCGUGAAGAAACAAAUUAAACAAACUGUGAAAGAUCAAAACCAGUACAGUUUUUGAUGGUUUCAACUGAAGUGAUGUCGACCGAAUUAUUUAAAAAUAGUAGAACUGGAUUCAGUGAAAUAUCUAUUAUACCCCUGUCACACACACCAACAUACAGUACACUGUAGACACCAUAGUUUUAAACUCGUAUGAAGAUGUGUGGAUUCUGUUUGUGAUUAAACCACCCACUGUGCUCGGCUUCCUGCUGCACCGUGAGUUCCUCUAACAGUGUUUUUGUUUCCAAUGGAUGAACUGUGCUGUGUGGUGAUGAAAUCCAACUGCUUCAAACACCGUGUGAUCUUACAGCUACACUCUCUUUAACAGAGUCAUACUUGACCCCAUCCAUUCUUGUACUUUCACUGCCUCUGACUAACACAUGUCCCACAAACAUCCCAACCUCACCUGCAACGUAGUAGGGUCUAUAGACUGAGUGAUGUAAGUAACCUGUGGGUUUACCUUGGAUUUUAACUCCAGUCCCAGUACUGAUCCCACAACAGCUAAAUGUAGGCGUUUCUGGAAACUUCAUCAUUUUUGUCAUACCUAUAGACUUUGCAAAGUGCUAGAUCACAGAGGAGAAGUCAGUUCAGUUUCUUGAAGGAAGGAUGAAGAAUAUGUGAUUUAAAGAUCACAGUGGAGAUAACAGAGGAAAAGUUGUCUGUUACUUUGCUACUGAUAAUACAUAACAGAAGAAUCAUGGUUGCUGUAAUUUACAUCAGUAAAAGUUAGCGCAGUGCCUUCUCAUUUAUCUGAGAGAUCACUUAGAGCCUUCUGAGUGAAAACAGGAGCUGUUUGACUGCUGUAAACACUUGAGGCCUCAUUUAUCAAUAUGUGAGUAAACAGGCCCAAGAACGUUGGUAUAAAUUACAUAAGCAUCCACACUGGUAUGUAGUGAAGAAUUAUAAAUCCUAACUAUUCCACGUUAAAAACUGAUUCAUUUACACAAAGAAAUGUCCCUAAAAAAGCAAUAAAAGGUCACCACCAUCCUGUUAACAGGCUGAGCAGUGUUAAAACAUGUAUCAGGUCAUAUACUAUGUUUUUGUUAUUGUCAACAAAUCCUAUGUAAAGACCAAAACAAACAAUGCAUUAGCUUGUCUUUCAGUACUUUCUCACUUCCGCAGCCUGUCUGAGACACUCACCUCUUCUGGUUCCUAUUGAAGGUGUAAAUCCGUAAACAUGGGUCACGAAAAAGGUUUAAAACUGGCUAGGUAAAUUGUUAAAAUGUCUGACCUCUGUAGUUUUGGAGAAAUGCUACUCAAACUGGAUUAAAUGGUGCAUUUAUUGAGGACUAUUUUUAGCGGUGGAUGAAUACACAUUUUGUGUGCUAGUGAGUAUUUGCAGCAGCAGGACGGUGUGUGUGGGAUUGACCCAUAAUCAGCUACAAUGUGUGUGUUCAUUGUAA